GAGCCUGGGCGGGGAGGGCAGCUCGGCAGGCCGCCAUGGAUGCAGAUGAUACAGGAAAUCGACUUCGGUUCCAGUUGGAGUUGGAGUUUGUUCAGUGCCUAGCAAAUCCCAAUUACCUCAACUUUCUUGCACAAAGAGGAUACUUCAAAGACAAAGCUUUUGUAAACUAUCUUAAAUAUUUACUGUAUUGGAAAGAGCCUGAAUAUGCAAAAUACUUGAAGUAUCCUCAGUGUUUGCAUAUGUUAGAGCUGCUCCAGUACGAACACUUUCGCAAAGAACUGGUAAAUGCUCAGUGUGCUAAGUUUAUUGAUGAGCAGCAGAUUCUUCACUGGCAGCACUAUUCACGGAAGAGAAUGCGCCUCCAGCAGGCACUAGCAGAGCAGCAGCAACAAAACACCUCUGUAAAAUGAAAAGCACUUGGAAGAGUGAUGAUAAUGUGUACUUUGCGUUAAUUCAAGCAUUUACAAGAAAGGAAAGAAGUCUGUCUUCUGUAGGUUUUGCUGCAUGCAUACAUUUAAUUUUUGAUUUGUCAGGUGACUUUGUCUUUCACCAACCUGUAGCAACAAAUUUACAACAGGAGACUGAAACACAUACUUCUGCCAUUUCUUUUGCAGCAUGGGUGAUCUUGUUAAGAGUAUUACUUCUGGUAUUUGUUCCUCUUGAAAACCAAACCUCCUUUUUGAGGGCACUGACAUUGCUCUAUCAACAAAAAGUGUAGUUCAGAAGUUCUUACAGCGUAGGUAUGUUCCGCAGAGAACAAUGAUAUGUCUCUGAUUGUGACUAAGAUGUACUGCUUCUUAUGAGCAACGCUGAAGUGAUGAUGAUUGUUGCUCAAAAUUUAAUUUGUAAUUUUUUUGCCAGAGCUGAGCUAUUACAUGUCCAUUCUGUUUACUUGGGUUUUUUUUGGGGGGGGGAGGCGGGGGAGGGGGUUGGUGGGCAGGGAUGUCUUAAGAGUUCUCUUGACAGUGUAUUUUAGAGACAACAAAUGAAGUGUGAAGAGAUGAGAACUGCCAGAGUGGAGCAGAGAGAAGAAAUGAUAAACUUUAGUGGAACAGACAGAGCUAUAGCCUGUUUCCUUCUUGGGUUCUGUUACAAAGGUGUAAACGCUUGCAAAAUUGGAGAAACAUUUAUCAUAUGUUCCUGUAUAGCUCUUGGGUUGUUAUUUUUUUUUCUGUAAGAGUGCAGAUCAUGGUAGCUGUGAGGGAUUUCAUUUUUAUAUUUUAGAUUGUGUUCAUGCUGUAUUCAUAUUGUAUUUCAUAUUCUUGUAGGAGUAGGUGCUGGCAGUACAAUCAGUGAUUGCUAGCCCUCAGCUCAUACUUGGUGCUGAACAGAUAAGCUGUUAAACAUUGUUGGUGUUAAAAAUUUGUCAUAACAGCUUCAGCAGCUGCAUAAAAUUAAUUUCAGGAAAAAAAAAGUAUUUUUUCUGUUUCUUCUACCUGCUCCUCUCCACCUCCCCCUCCUCCAGUAUUAAAGCUGAAACUUUCAUUAAGUAUUACUGUUCAGUAAAUGUAGGCUACUGCCUUGGUUUAUAUCUUGAGCUUGGCUUCUUUGUAAAGAGACUUGGCAAACUCAAAUUUAUUUCAACAAAAAAGAAAAGAGAACAGUUUUUUGUUGCAAGACUUUAGUGGAAGGUUUGAACCUAGAAUUUAAUGACAUUUAUCUUGAUUAGUCAAAAGUAAUUUACCAUGAUAGCUUGGGAGGAAAAAAAAAAGGCGAGGAUUCCACGAAAGCA